UGCACUCCUUUAUGCACAGGCUAGUUUUGCAUUUGAUUUUCAGAUGAUUGGGAUAAUUAAGAAGGAUCGGAUUUCCGCUAUACUUUUUCCAAAUUUCCAAAACACCAUUGAAACUGAUAACAUCACAGACAGACAAUAACAAGGGAAACAAUAGCAGAUGCUCAUUAUCUUUAAAAAUCAUUAUCAUCAUGGAAACCAGAGGUGUGCCGCAUUGUGAAGAAGGUCCUCAAUUUAAUUAGCUAGUUAAAUUCAAUUCGGCAAUCCAGCUCAAUUAAAAAUAGAUCUGCUCGCUGUACAACAGCACAAAUGAAAUUAGAUUAUCAUGUGCUAAAUCACUGUGAUAAAAUACAAUGAAAGAUGAAAGGAGACAAAUCAGAAGGCUCAUGCUUGUACGGGGUUAAACAAGACUUGCCAUGACAUUCAGAACAGGGGCGAAGAGAGAGAGAGGAAGAGAGGAACAGAAAGAGAGAGAGCAUAACUGUGUGUCUCUGUAUAACCAAGGAAACACUCUCAUAAUACCUUGUUUGAUGGGCUUAUUAUCAGUCUUUUAAACUAGAGUAGCAUUUUUACAUCAUGACUAUCAGCUCAGGGCUCCUGAGGUGAACCUUCUGAACCUUCAUCUUAAAUUUAUGUCACUGAUGUUUUUUUGUUGACAAAUAUAGGAUUGUGCAUUGUAUCAAACUAUAAGUGGAAGAUUAACCUCAUCAGAUUCACAUCAGGAGUCAAUUGUGCGAUAAUAACAGUGACCAGUUGCUGCCUACGGCCCACCGCAUGUGCUUUGUGUCCAGAAUGAUUGCCAAACCCAACUGUUCCUCAACAGAUUCCUCUGUAUCAAGAUGCGUCCAAGAUCUGCUGUGCAACACCAGUGUUGUGUUGAACCUCAGUGAGGCGGAAAUGGAAGAGUUUUGCCUCAACCAAGAUGAGUAUCUGGAGAAAUACCUGGGGCCUAGACGUUCCCCGGUGUUUCUGCCUGUGUGCAUCACCUACUUGCUCAUCUUCUUGGUGGGAGCGGUGGGAAACAUUCUUACGUGCAUCGUUAUUGCUCGUAACAAGGUCAUGAGGACGCCCACCAACUUCUACCUGUUCAGUUUGGCUGUGUCAGACCUGCUGGUGCUUCUUCUGGGAAUGCCUUUGGAGCUCUACGAAAUGUGGAGCAACUAUCCGUUCCUGUUUGGCAAAGGUGGCUGCUAUUUCAAGACCUUCCUCUUUGAGACAGUUUGCUUCGCCUCUAUCCUGAAUGUAACAGCGCUGAGCGUGGAGCGCUACAUUGCAGUGGUCCAUCCGCUCAGGGCCAAAUACGUAGUGACGCGCACUCACGCCAAGCGGGUGAUCUUGAGCGUGUGGAGCGUGUCUGUUUUGUGUGCCAUUCCCAACACCAGCCUCCAUGGUAUCUUCACCCUCCCUCUUCCCAAAGGGAAAGGAGUAGGCGCCAUGACCACUUCAGCCACCUGCAUGCUGGUCAAGCCACGUUGGAUGUACAACCUAAUCAUUCAAAUCACCACUCUACUGUUUUUCUUCAUGCCCAUGUUGACCAUCAGCGUGUUGUAUUUGCUUAUCGGCAUGCAGCUAAAGCGCGAGAAGAUGCUGCAGGUCCUGGAGGCGAAAGCCGGUAUGGGACAAGACAGCUCCUCUAAUGUGCGCAGUCAGCAGCAGAAAACUCGUCGCCAGCAGGUCACAAAAAUGUUGUUUGUACUAGUUGUCAUGUUUGGCAUCUGCUGGGCUCCGUUCCACACCGAUCGACUCAUGUGGAGUUUCAUGGACCAGAAGAGCAAUGAGCACAUGAAGAUUUUCCAGGUCUACGAGUAUGUCCAUGUCAUCUCUGGGGUCUUCUUCUAUCUGAGCUCAGCCAUUAAUCCAAUUCUCUACAACCUCAUGUCCACCCGCUUCAGGGAGAUGUUUAAAGAGGUGAUGUGCCACCACAAAUGGCGUCCCGUCCCAAGGAAACGCUCUCUGAGCAUGACGAGGGUUACGGUGCGCAGCACCCUGAGCAAAGUCCCACCGUGCAACGGCACCGUUACUACUAAAGGAGAAGAUUAUGAUAUGGACGAAUGCCAGGAAAACAAGAACUUUUCCUAAGAAAAGAACUUUAUUGUCAGUGUUUGAAAUUAACUUUAGAAAAGCAGCUUUAGAAAAGACCCAUAAGUCCAAAUGGUUUGGUGAUUUUCUGAGACUGAUCAAGCGACUCUCCCAUAUAUUCCCCACUGUUAUCUUUGUUGCUUCAUCAGCAUAUUUCCCAUUAAGUGCAUACAAUAUGAUGCAGAUCAGCUUGAUUUUACCCACUGGAAAUUGUCUCAUUAUAAAACCGUUCAGGUUUCUUGCACUUGGCACCAGUAUCUACUAAAAUUCAUUUCAAAACAUUGUUCUUCACUUACACUGCUGUCAAAAGCUGAGACCCAAAUUAUAUUCAAUCUUGUGCUACGAUUUUCUCAAAUUGGUGUCAUGACACUACAUAAAAAGUUCUGUCAAAAAACUCUAGAUGGAGAAGGCUGGUUCUAACUCAACCUGAUAUAAUCACAUCAUUAUUUAUACAGCACAGCCAGUUGGUUUCUUUCACAUCAGCAGCCAAUGAGCUUGCUGCUCAACAUUCAAAUACUUGGCUAUUGCUGUAGCAGUUGCAGCGUGCUUCAGAAACCCUCCACCUCCCCAGCUCCACCUGUCUAGGUCUGCUAUGGGGUAAUUUCAUGUGUAUUACAUUUUUUUCUUUUUUUUGUGUGUGUUUUUUUUUUUUUUCAUAUAUGUGCAGCUGCAGUACUUCCUACAUUCUCACAGCAGUAUGUUGUGGAUGUAUUGGUAGACACAAGUCUCAGUAUUUGCUUUUCCGCAGCAGCAGCAGAUCUGUUUCGCCAAGACCAAACACAUCAAUAUUGACAUGUACGUUACCCACGCUAAACUAUCAGAGAGUUGUCAUGACAGAAUAUACACUUAUUUCAUUCCAGAAUGAAUGAAUGAAUUGGUUAAGUGAACAAACAACUCACUCAAAAAAAACUAAUCACUUACUGCCACCUACCGGUGUAUGAUGUAUCCAGUAUGAUCGUACUCAAGGAUAACAGUUGUAUAAAGCUUUGUAGUGAAAUUCGUUAAAAAAUGAAUUAGUUGAGCCUGCUGAUAGCAUUCAUUUCCACAUGAUUUUGGUGUUAUGUGAAAUUCGAGUGUUUAGUAAAGUAGUGGCGCAACGUUUGUGAAUUCGCUGAUGAAUAUUACCCAUAUUUUUGACUUUAUUGCGCAACAUGUAUAAAUGAUUCAUUCUGAAUAUUUUCUGUGCAACUGCAUGACCUACAUUAUGAGAUUUGGCAUUAAAUACAGAGAACAAUUAACAUUUUCUUACAGACUUGCAGAAAGGGGAAUGAGACAGAAGGCUAAUUCAUACUAAAGGCUAAGGGCAUAUACUCCAGACCUGAACCGUGGGCAUCUGGCAUAUUGAAAAUGUCAAUGCAAACAGUAGAUCCUUCAGAAAUUCCAUAUGAAAACAGUUGCUAGUGUUUUAAUAUGUUAUGUGAGUCCAAACUGUCAAAAGUAGCCAUAUUUUCUUUCUUAAAGCAAAUUCCUGGUCUUACUGUCCAUAAUUUAUCAGUGCACAUUAUUGCCAAGAAUUAAAAUGUUUGCUCUGAAAUCAUAAUCAGUCCAUGUGGAGACAUAUUUACAUGGUCCAGUUCAUAUCAGUGUAUAAAAAGAAUUGCAUUUAACAAUUAUAUAGAUUUACAUGGAAUGUUCAGACAGUAUACCAGAACAAAAGCUUUAU